AUGAAGGAGGUAAGAUGUAAUCUGUAUCAUACAGUCCGUAUCGCGGUGAAUGUACAACAACUGAUUGAUAGCAUGGAAGUUCUUGAACAAAUUGACAGCAUCUGGUCGGCCACAGUUAGUCGCGACUUUAUGAACGCAUGCGGUGAAAAGGCUCGGGAAAAGUUUGGUCCAUCAUCAAAAGACACGGAAGCCGAAAGAUCUAGAUUGAGACCACCCGCUGACAAUUGUAUCGAAGUCGACGAAACUGCAGCGCAAAUUGCCGUGAAUUUUUACACCCGUCUUGUUUUGCCGCAAGUGAUGCAUUUGUUUGACUAUGUCGUCGAUGAAGGCGAAACAUUCUCUGCUGAUAAUCGUUUGGCUCGAAAAAUAAUCCUGGAACUACUAUAUCGUUUUUUCACUCAAACGAUGCUAAACGGCAACGGAUCUAUAUUGAAAAAUGUGAACAAAGAUCAAAUGAAACGUAUUUUAUCAAUGUUAAAUCAUGAUGGAAUAAUUUUUGCCGCUGAGAAACCAUGCAAAAAACUAUUUCGUAGUCUUGCAAGCAACUUCAUGCAGGCCACUUAUAUGAAAUGUUUACCAGACAUUGAAGAGAGACAGCAAUUUGCUAGGUUAUUAUUAACUAAAUAUGGAACUACGUUCGAUGAAUAUGAGCAGUAUUAUUCAUCAAAUGCAUUUAUGCUCGAACAACAUCAACCGACGUCCAUUGGCUUGCAAGCUAUCAACAAACAACAAUAUCGAGCAUUGAUAAAAGAUUUGGAUACCUGGAUUCAGAUGCAUGCUGACAAACACAGUUCGCAAUCGAAGACCAAAACAACGAGAAAAGCUGAUAUGUUACAAAAAUAUGACGAAAACAUUUCGCCACCACUACUAUAUAUUACCUCUAAUUCGGCAAAUGAUUUGAAUCAAACCGAAACUGAUUUGCAAGAACAUGCCCUCAAGAUUAUCAGUGAAUGUCAGCAUAGAGAAUUGUGUCGAAAAAUACUAUUGCAACCAACGCUGAUGUUUACACGUACAAUGUUAUUUGCAAUAUCAAAAGAUAGAGCACAUCAUCGCAUUGCACUCGAUGUUUUGCAUAAAACCUGUAUGGUAUUAACCGGUGAUUUCCUUCAAAACAAUGAAAAACCUGUGGAAACAUUUGUCAAAUUUUUACCUUCUACACCUUCACAUCAGUCUUCCGUUGAGACAUUCGCGCAGGUGAAUCCUUUCGGCAGCCUUUGGGAUAGAGUUGCUCGUGAAACAACAACUGCCGCAGAUAAUGAUAAACGUCUCCUCGCCACUGUUGCCAAUUUUCCUUUAGAAAUGUUAACAGUGUUACAGCUACUCGAAAGACUCAUUCCUCUACGUGAUCCGAAGAGAUGUCUACACAUUAUGAAUGUAUUUAACAAAUAUUGCUACAAUGACAAUCAUCGUUUACACUCCGUCUUUGAUACUGAACAAAUUUUAACAAAAAUCAAAACGAAUAAAAUGUAUCAUUUCUACGAUGAAACACGUCUGACUGAUGCAAUUUCCUGUUACCGUCUAUCUACAUCAUUUAAUCAAAUGCAACUAUUUCCAUUUUGUUGUAUAUGUCUCCUUUGUUCGACGAAAAUUGAUUUAUUAGAGGCAAAAUGA